ACACUGUAUCCAAUCCAAACACAAUGGUGACCAUCUUUGAGGAUAAGUGGGUUGAGAAGAAUGACACUGAAAAUAGGAUGCGGUUUCCUAAUAACGCCAACAUAGUAGAUCUUCCAUUUACUUGCAGCAACAACGGCCAGUCAGGAAUGUUACCCGUUCUAGACGAGAAGGGUUUUCAGUGGACGCUUACCUGCAGAAAUCAGAACGGAACGAUAUAUUUCACUGAUGGUUGGAAGGAGUUCAGAAAAGAGAAACGCAUUAGAGUUGGUCACAGGGUGACCCUUUACAAAGACGAUUAUUCCUUCGGCUCUGGAGCACAGUACAAGAUUAUAGUGAUGGAAAACUGAGCAAAAGGGAUUGAUUGUUGGAUUUAAUUUAAUUAGAUGAAACAUUUUUAAUUCCCCUCUUCAUGUACCUCAAACACCAGCCGUCGGUCGAAAUCAGAGAAAUCCGAUAGCUGGCUGGUUGGGAAGAAUGUCGGGACGGGUGCCGGUCCGAUUAGAUUUGUAUUUUGUUUAGUUAGAGUAGCCAUUUUACAGCGACCAACCAUUUUUUAUAGCUUGCAGGUUUCUAGUUAACUCGUUUUCGUCCUUCUUUAUUUAUUUAUUUUUUUCCUCUUCCUUGGGGUUUCAGUUAAAAAAUUUGCAGUUCAAAC